AUGAAGCUCAUCACCCUCGCAGCGGCAGCUGCACUCGGUGCCACCGCCACCACUGGCCAAGAGACCACCUUCUCGGGUGCUGAGGCCCACAACAUCGCCCACACCAACGCCGCCAACGCAGUCUUCAACAUCUGCGACAUCUCCUCCGAGCCUGACACGGUUGAGCUCCUGGUCAACGUCGACUUCAGCGUCGCCAUCCCCAGCUGCGCAUACACUCCUCCUAUCGUCAAUGGUGGUGUGGCCUGGAGCUGCAAUGGCAACGGCAAGGGUGGCAACUUGUUGAAGUUCACCGUCAAGAACACCGGCACCGUCGUUGCUGUGCGUGACGCGGCUGUGUCUGACGUCCUCCGCAGCUAUGGCGACGCUAUCAGCACCCACGACGUGGGAGGUGUCAAGGGCAAGGGCUUCUGUGAUGCCAGCUAUCCUUUUCCACCUCGUGUCGCCCAGCGCAUCCCGGCUGGCAAGGCAGAUUUCCAGAGCUGUGACAUCACCUCCGUGGCUGGCCAGAACAAAGGCAAAUCCAACAUCCUGUUCAACGUCGACAUUGGUCGACCUUUCAACGGCGGCUCUGGCUGCAAUUGGAAUCGCGCCCGUAUCAGCAGCCUUGGGGGCUGGAGCUGCAAAGACAACGGCUCUGGCGGCACCUCUCUCAAGUUCACCACGGAGCGCAAAGGCAGUACCACGGCAGUCCGCGAUGGUGCUGUUUCGGAAGUGCAGAAUGCCUACGGUAGCGCCAUCACUUCCAAGAACGUAGGCGGUAUUGCCGGCCACGGCUCCUGCAAACUCACCUACCCAACACGCAAGAUCAUGCGUCGCAACAUCAACAACAGCGUCAUGACCGACCUCGUCAAGCGUGUCGACAAUGGCCAAGCUAUCAUCAAGGCCUGUGACAUUGGAUCUGACAGCGGCAAGACUCAGCUUCUCUUCAACAUCGAGGUCGGUGUACCUUUCCCUACCGACAGCGAGACCAGCGACCUGUACUGCGAGCACAUCCUGAAGGCUGUCAACAACAUCAGCCGUUGGCGCUGCGAGAACAACGGUGUCGGCUACACCGCAAUCAAAUUCGCCACCGAGCGUGACGACACUGUCGUUGCUGUUCGCGACCAGGUCAUGGCCGAAGUUCAGGAGGCUUACGGCGGCGUCGUCACCACACACUUCGAGAGUGGCGUCAAGGGCGAGGGCUUCUGUGACCUCGUCUGUGACCAGACUCUCACGAGCGACGAACUGAACGGCUUGAGAGAGGUCAUCUUCCUCGUCGACAUCGAACUUCCCUGGCAAGAUGGCCAAGGCUGCAACCACAUUCACGACCGCAUCUAUGGCAUUCACCAAUGGCGCUGUUUCCAGACUCCUGGCAGGGAUGCAACCACUCUCCACUUCUCUACGAGAUAUGGAGAUACUGCGGAGAACAUGAGGGGACAGGGCGUUAUCGAUGUGUACAACGCCUACGGCGGUGCUAUCCUCGUGUCCAAAGUACCGGCCGCGAUUGGCGAUGACAAUGACUGCGUCCCUUUCUGA